GUAGAGAAGAGAGACAAAAAAGGCUCAAAAGAUGAAGGUAAGCUGGUCUGCAUAUGACACGUUUGAGGCUAAUUUCAAACCUUUGGUGGUCAUCGAGCUUGCAAAAAACACCAGAGAUGAAACCAAAGAAUGGCUGACAAAAAAGAUUGUGGAGAAGAAGAAAAAUGGAGGAGCCCAACUUUUAAUUAAACCUUUUGUAGAAGAUGGGAAAAAAAUAGAUGGGAACCAGAACAUAUAUCUUGUUGGAGCAUCUAACUUGAGGCUACUUCUGGGAGCUGAAACAGUGGGACUAGUGAAAGAAUGUAAUGAUCAUACAAUGAGAGCCUUUACAUACAGCAGUAGAAAAACAUUCAAAAAUUUUGCAGAGGACAAUCACGAUUUCCUUACAAUGGCAGAGUGUCAGUACAUCAUCAAACAUGAACUUGAAAACCUGAGAGCCAAAGAUGAAAAAAUGAUCCCUGGCUACCCGCAGGCAAAACUUUAUCCUGGAAAAUCAAUUAUGCGAAGGCUUCUGACCAAUGGUAUCUUAGUUCAUAUUUUUCCACUUCAUGACACUGAAGAAUUAAAGAAACUUGGACACAUAUGGUAUGGCCAACUGAAAAUCAGGUACCAGCCUUUAGAUGAAAUUCGCAAAUAUUUUGGUGAAACGCUAUCUUUCUAUUUUGCCUUUUUGGAGUAUUUCACAUUUGCCUUGAUUCCAAUGGCUGUUAUUGGGAUUCCGUAUUAUUUCUUUGCAUGGGAAGAUUAUGACAAGUACGUGAUUUUUGCAACCUUCAAUCUGCUUUGGUCUACAGUUAUCCUUGAAGUUUGGAAGCGUUGCUGUGCUGUGAUGGCCUACAGGUGGGGGACGCUGUUGAUGAAACGACAGUUUGAAGAACCCAGGCCAGGGUUUCAUGGGGUUCUGGGCAUCAACCCUGUGACUGGGAGAGAGGAGCCAGUGUACUCCAGCUUUAAAAGACAGUUACGAAUUUAUUUAGUUUCCUUGCCAUUCGUGUGCCUUUGCCUCUACAUCUCGCUUUACGUCAUGAUGAUUUACUUUGAGUUGGAAAACCAAGCAUAUUUAUAUAACGAAGAGAACCAAUCUGAUUUAAGCAACUUGUUGUUAUAUGUGCCUAGCAUAAUUUAUGCUGUUGUGAUUGAAGUUCUCAAUCGCCUCUAUCAAUAUGCUGCAGAGUUCUUAACUUCAUGGGAAAACCAUAGAUUGGAAUCUUCAUAUCAGAAUCACCUAGUUCUGAAAGUCUUGGUGUUCAACUUUUUUAACUGUUUUGCCUCUUUAUUCUACAUCGCUUUUGUCAUGCUUGAUAUGAAACUUUUGAGACAGAGCUUGGCAACUUUGCUGAUAACUUCACAAAUCCUUAAUCAAUGUGUAGAAGCCAUACUCCCUUACUGUCUCCAAAAGAGACGAAACAAGAGGGUUAAAAAAAGGGUGAAGUCAUUAAAAAUAGAUACUGACUUGUCUGUAUUUGAGCAAGUUAAUCUGGAAAAAGAAAUGGAUACCUACUUGGGUACUUUUGAUGACUAUUUGGAGCUAUUUUUGCAGUUUGGCUAUGUGAGUCUUUUUUCAUGCGUCUAUCCCCUAGCAGCUGUUUUUGCAGUGUUAAACAACAUCACAGAGAUGUAUUCGGAUGCCUUAAAAAUGUGCCGCAUCUUUAAACGACCAUUUGCAGAGCCCACAGCAAAUAUUGGUGUAUGGCAGCUUGCUUUUGAAGCAAUGUCUGUCAUAUCGGUAGUUACCAAUUGUGUCCUGAUUGGCAUGUCACCCCAAGUAAAUGCACUUUUUCCAGACUCAAAAACAGAACUUAUCCUGAUUGUGGUGUUGGCAGAGCAUUUAAUCCUGGCAAUAAAGUUUCUUAUGGCAUUUGCAAUCCCCGAUAAACCGCAAGAUAUUCGGAUAAAACUGGGAAGGCUAGAAUUUGAAUCCCUGGAGGCACUCAAGCAGCAGCAAAUGAAGCUGGCAACAGAGUCCCUGAAAGAAGAAAAACCCUAAGAUGGUAUCCUAUGCAUUUGCUGAUAAAUAGUAAGAUUUUACAAGUAUUAAUGUCAAGAAAUGCCUGAUAACUACACUUUAACACUCCACGAUAUAUUACUUGUCCUUAUUCACCACUAGAAGCCUGAUUUUUUAAAUAUAUAUAUUUUCCUUUCAAACUUCGAAGUAGGACCUACCUGAAGCUUGUGCCAGAAGUGACUGCAUACACAAUAACCACCAAUGUUACAAAAUGAUAUAAAAUAUUUUUAAAGUGCAAACAUUAAUUAUAACUAUAAUUUCAUAUUGUAGCUUUUUAAAGAAUUCUGGAGGCUGCAGCACUCAGCAGUUGUAUAUCCCCCACAGCAGUUAGACAAUUUUAUUCUCAUGACUGUUUAAUCUCAUUUUGUAGAUUGUUUAUUAGAUUGUUCCCCACAAAUAUGAAUCUAAAUCCUGUUUACUGUAUGAUGGUGAUGUAUAAAUUUCUCCCAUGGGACCAAUUCAGUGUUUGUGUUUUUUAAAAGAAGAAAUGUAAACUGUAAAAUGUAUGAUACUGCUGUACCAUUUUAACAUAAAAAUCUGUGCCUCCUUCAUAUUUAUUUUAAGGAACUGGAAAAGAAACCAUUUGGCAUGAAGCAAAAUCCAGUCAUCUUAAUCCAGUGCACCAGUUAACAACAGCUGUGCUUGUAUCUUCCUUCUCAGCAUUGGUUUCUACUUGGCUGGAUCUUUAAAUGCAAGUGGUAUUAAUAAAGAAUGGCAUCAGAAUUGGCGAGAAACCAUUAAAACAUGCAAUCAUUGGGAA